AUGCAGUCACCCCGGAUGAGCGAGAAGGACGAAGUAACCCCUCUGUUCGUCAGUCUGGGCAUGCUGGUCCUGGACGAGCUCCACCUCCCAGACAGCACGACUCAACACAAUGUCAUCGGCGGCUCAGGGGCAUACAGCACCCUUGGGGCACGGCUCGCAGUGGAGGACAGCCAGAGCCGGAGAAUAGCAAGUUUCGUUCUGGCGGGCCACGACUUUCCAUACGACAAAGUCGAGAAGCAUUUCCGGCCGUGGGGAAUAGACUACACUAUCAAAAGGUUACCCACUACAAUGUCAACGAGAGGAAGGCUCGAGUAUCAUGAUUGGAAGUUCGAACACAAAUCCUACUCAUAUCUCACAACACCUCUACAACCACGGCCCAUCGACCUUCCACUACGCUUCCUUCAGUCCUCUACCUUUCACCUCCUGUCCAGCCCUGACGUCCUCUCAACACAACUCUCAGAACUCUCUCAGCGCCGACUCGAGCAUGGCAUCACAGUUCAACCCCUCUUGGUUUGGGAGCCCGCCCCACUAUCUUGCACCGCGAACUUCCUCGAUGCGUAUAUCGACGCCGCGAGACUUGUUGACGUCUUUUCACCGAACCAUGUGGAACUUCUGGGACUCUGUGAGCGAUCGUUGAAGAAGCAUGAAAGCUUUGACAAAGGUCUUAUCGAAGCCUGUGCGACUAGGUUCUUCGCCACUGAACACUCGAACCCAAGGAUCUGUAUCGUUCGCUGUGGCGAGCACGGCGCCGUUGUGCUGGAACGAAACCAGUCGCCAGACUUCCGUGUCAAAACGACCUGGGUCGCUCCAUUCUUCUCCCCGGCCGAAGCCGGUCGUGUGGUAGAUGCUACCGGCGGUGGCAAUACUUUCUUGGGAGCUUUUGCUGUCGAGUAUCAGCAGAACAGGGGUGAUGCUGUCCUAGCUGCCAGGAAGGCUAGUGUCGCUGCGAGUUUUGCUUUGGAGCAGAUUGGACCGCCUGAUUUUGGUGAAGGGACGUGGAAUGGUGUUACGGUGGAGGGGCGGAUGGGAGAAUACCUGAAAAGGGUGGAGAAUAGUUGA